AUGUCCCGCGAUUUCCUCAACAGCCAGGCUGAGCACCUGCAGAUGAAGGAGUGGGCGGUCAACCAGCAGCGAGACAGCUUGGCCUCCUACAUGGGCCACUUCUCCAUGCUCGAGUACUUCGCCAUCGCCGAGAACGAGUCCAUUGGCAGGAUCAAGUACAACCUCCUCCAGAAAAUGAUUCGGCCCUGCGGCAACCCUCCUCCCACCGAGGAGACCCUGUAA